CUUGGCCACCAGAUUCAAGUUUCAUUGCACCACUCCAAAUCUGCAACUCUCGACACGUGGAGGCGUGUCCAGGAUGUCUCGCAUUAACACACCCACCAAUCAAAAGCUUUUGACCAAUGUGGCUGUGGUGAGGAUGAAAAAGGCGGGCAAACGCUUCGAGAUCGCUUGCUACAAGAACAAAGUGCUCUCUUGGCGUCAAGGCGUGGAAAAGGACAUUGAUGAGGUACUACAAGCGCAGACUGUUUUCACGAACGUGUCAAAAGGCCAAGUGGCCAAGAAGGACGAUCUCAUGAAGGCCUUUGAUACGGCCGAUCAACUGAUGAUUUGCAAGCUCCUGCUCGAUAAAGGCGAUCUCCAAGUGUCGGAUAAAGAGCGACAAGCUCAACAAGAAGCCGUGUUCAAGGACAUGGCGGCCAUUAUUGCCGACAAAUGCCUCAAUCCCGACAACCAACGACCUUAUCCCACCUCCAUCAUCGAGAAGGCCAUGAAGGAGUGUCACAUCGCCGUGAAGCCCAAUCGAGGAGCCAAACAACAGGCCUUGGAGGUGAUUGGCAAACUCAAGACGCAUUUACCCAUUGAACGCGCCCAAAUGAAACUGAAAUUGAGUUUCCCGGUUUCGGCGCUUGUGACCGGAACCAGUCUCUCCAGUUUCCGACGACAACUGUCUAAAAUGGCCGAUCAGGUCGAGAAAGACAGUGUGAAAACGGACCAGGCCCAGAAGACCGAAGACCAAGAGGAGGCGGGCCUAGUAGUCUUGACUUGCGUGUGCGAUCCCGGUAGAUAUCGCGAAAUCGACGAGAUGUUGAACAGUUCAACCCAAGGACGGGGUAAAAUGGAACUCAUCAGUCUACAAGAAGCCAAGGAACAAGGAGCGGGUGGCACGGAUUGGUCACCUUCAGACACUUAAUCAAUCAAGAUGUUUUGUUUUUUUUACUUUCCAAAAAUGUGAUAAAUUAUUCAUAUUAAAAGAAGUUGGUUUAGAUGAAGUAACA